ACACCUCAAAAAAUCAAGAAAGCUGAUUCAAUGGAUAAAGUGUCUGCAUCUCUUUCUUCUCCUUCUUCUUCUACUUCUUCUUCUUCUUCUUCUUCUUCUCACCAAGAGCUGAUCACUUCUGCUGCAAUGAAGGAGUUAUCCAAAGGACUCAAGCUUUUGGCCCAGCUUCAAACUCUUCUCCUUCCAUAUUUACCAGAAUCCAAUCAACUCAAUCUAGCCAACAACCUCUUCCAAGACACUUUCAAUUCACUCUCACUCUCUCUCUCUAUUCUUCAAUCUUCUUGUCAUCAUCUUCCUCCAGAGCACAUGAACAAGUUUCAUCAAGAUAGAUGUGAUCUUAAUUAUAAUCUCAGUGGUCAUCACUACAAAAGGAAGCGUAAGGAUGCAAUUACAACUGUUACAUCUAAGCCAUUCUUUGAUGGGUACCAAUGGAAAAAAUAUGGACAAAAGAAGAUCAAGAACUCCAUGUUUCAAAGAACAUACUACAAAUGCAUAGAUGGAGCAUGCAAAGCAACAAAGACAGUCCAACAAAAAGAUCACUGUGAGCCUCCAAACUUUAUGGUAACUUAUGGAAUGCAACACACCUGCAACGUAGCAGAGAUCAACCAAUUGGAAUUCAUAAUGGAUUCUUCAACUCCAACACACACUUUGGUUCCAAUUAUAGAAUCAAACUCUUUCAUGAUGAACAAACAACAAGAGCAAACAUCAUCUUCAACCUCUGAUCAGUUUCAAUGUUAUAAUAACUCUUCAGAAGAGACUACUGUUACUGCACAAGCACUGCCUGUUGAUGAUAGUGCUAUGGACCAAGUGAGUAGUGAUAACAUACCAAAAAUAUUCUCACCUUCUUGUGAUUUAUUUUAUAAUUAUGAGGAGAAUGAGAGUGCUUGGAUGAUGGAAGAAGGGAUUAGAUCAUCUCAUGAGUUUAAUUCAUUUGUUGGGGAUGGUUUCCUCUUUUGAUCUAUUUCAAUCAAGCAUGCAUGUAAGUAUGUAAUACUAAUUAAGGUGGUUAUUGAUCAGAAUUAAUAUAUAAUGCAUUACA